AUGCAGAGCAGUGUUGGGAAGGGACCGUCGAGCGGAAUGGUGUACAGCAUGCCGCAUACGGCAGAGUUCGUGAACGCGCGCUGUACCAGGAGCGAGGCAAACAACGAGAAAGGCAAUCGCAUCAAAAAGCCGCUGAAUGCCUUCAUGUUGUACAUGAAGGAGCAGCGCGCCCAAGUGCGAACAGAACACAUGCUGACCGAUUCUGCGGCCAUUAACCAGAUUUUGGGCAAGAAGUGGCACUCGUUGGAUGGCGCUGAGAAAAGCAAGUAUUACGCAAUGGCUGAAAAAGAGCGCGAAACGCAUGCACGAACCUAUCCCGGAUGGACAGCUAAAGACCACUGGGCUCUGCGCCGGCACCGGAAGCCGAAACGUUUAAGGAAGGAGGAGAAGGCGACAGAAUCGAAAAAAUGUCGAGCUGUAUUGGGAAUGGACCGUCGAGCGGAAUGGUGUAGAGCAUGUCGCACUAUGCUCGCGAAGAAUUUGACUUGGGAAUCUCGAAAACUGCGACAAUUCGCCGCAAAAGAACUCGGUUCGGUAUGUAUGCCGAACCUCGAGGUUCGGCUAGUUUUUGCACGUUUCUCUAU